AUGGAAGAGGCUCCUCGUUCGCUUGCCGGUGUCAGACACAUCGUACUCAUCCUUUCCGGAAAAGGGGGGGUUGGAAAAUCGUCUGUCACCACCCAAACUGCACUUACUUUAGUAAACCAUGGCUACAACGUCGGAGUACUUGACAUCGACUUGACAGGGCCUUCGUUACCACGUAUGUUCGGUGUGGAGUAUAAACAGGUUCAUCAGUCAACUGCGGGUUGGGUUCCCGUUUCCGUAUAUAGUAAUGCCAAUGAUCCCAUAGUAGAAGGAAAGAAACAGCGAGGAUCCCUUCUGCUUAUGUCGCUAGGCUUCUUGUUGGGGGACAGAAACAACUCUGUUGUAUGGAGGGGACCCAAAAAGACGGCUAUGAUCAGACAGUUCUUGAAAGAUGUAGUUUGGACAGGCGGAGAUGGAAAGACCCCCUUGGACUAUUUGCUUAUAGAUACACCUCCAGGGACUUCAGAUGAGCAUAUAGCCAUAGCGGAAGAGUUGAGAUAUGCCGGACCAAUAGAUGGAGCCAUUAUAGUCACAACACCUCAGCAGGUAGCCACGGCUGACGUCAGAAAAGAGAUAAACUUUUGUAAAAAGGUUAACUUCAAUGUCUUGGGUGUAGUCGAAAAUAUGAGUGGCUUCAUCUGUCCUCAUUGUGCGGAGUGUACCAACAUCUUUCUGAGUGGAGGGGGGCAGCAGUUGUGUGAACUGUUGGACUUGACAUUCUUGGGCAAUAUUCCUAUAGAUCCCACGUUUGUAGAAAUGAUUGAAAGUCAGGAUAAUGAGGAAAUUCACGGCAAGAAGAAGUUGAUACAUUUGUACGAUGACUCUGAAUUGAAACCCAUAAUGAACUCCAUCAUUGAUAAAGUCUUGGAGAAGAAUUUACCUUCAAGAAUAUGA